AUGAAAGAUCCCCAUCACCCUUCAAAAUAUUAUUAUCGGAUAUGUUUCUUUGCUUUUGACCCUCUGGUAUCUGCCCCAAAUUCUUCUGCACCUUUAUCUAAUGAUGCCACCAAAGCUGCAUCAUCAGUUUAUGUGAACUUACAACAUCUAAGCUUAGGGAAGGAAGAGGGAGCGACGACUCCUAAAGAGAAUAACUGUGGAGUGGUGCUUCCGGAUUAUUUUCAAUCACUUUCUGCUAAUUGCUCACAUUUGAGCAUUGGUAACUACAAAUCUGGCAAGAGUAAAGCAUUGCCCCAGCCACAAACGCCUAGUUCCUUGACAAAUAGCUUGGAAGAGACCUUAAUGACAUCAAAUGGUUGUUCAACUUCUAUGCAUUUGAACUCUAGGAACCUGGUAUAUCAUGAUCAAGAGCAGCUUGAAUUUGAUUUUGAUAGUCAUAAAGCAACAACAGAUGCUAGGAACUAUAUUUCACACGUGUUUUCACAGUCAGAGCUUAGGAAACUAGAUAUUGCUGAUGCAGCAACUCUUGGGAAUGAUUAUGUGUCUCAUGCAUCUAUUCUUGGUUCAAGUUUCAAGAACGUCGAAAAAUCGUCCUCUUCUUUUGUGAUUGAUCCGAAUGCUAGGAAUCUUCCUACUAUGCCGGUAAAUACUUUUUCUUUAAGAAUAAGUUGGUUUUCUUUCGAAUUGAACUAG